AUGACGAAGGCAUUUGGUGACUGGCGAGUGUGCAUGGAAAUAUUAUUGGACAACACGGGAGGAAACCAUUUGAAGGUGUGGAUGGAUUUUCCCAAAAUCACAAAUUUCUGUGCGGGUAUUACUGGAGCUCGCAGGAUCAAGCUCACUCUUCUUGAAAAUGAGGACGAAGUUAAGCGCUGUAUUCUUAGCAAUGAUAUUGAUCCCACCGUCACGGUAACGCUAGGUGUCGGUACUGAUAUAGGAGGGUCCGAAUUCUUUGGAGCGGAUCCAGUAAUCAGGCCGAAUGCCAACAUCUUCAGCGAGAUUGGGAAAUUUUUCCCGGUAGCUGUCAGUAAUUACUCUGGUCUCUCACAUUCCACUAUUCGAGCAGACAAUGGAAGCUACAUAAGCAAGACAGUGGAACAUGUUCAUUUUGCGACCUUUGUAACGAGAAUGGUAAAUCGUACACGAAUCGACAACUUGAUUAUGGACAAUGAGGGCCCUGAGUAUCAUUUGAUCCCAAUGAUAACUAUCGAUAACGUGCUUUCUGAAUACAAUAUUAUCAUCUGUCAAAUAAAUGUAGAGUUCCACGAAUGGAUGUCGAAGAGGUCGACGAUUUCUUCCUCAUUUGAUGUCGGGAAUGUUGAGACAAGGUCGAUACGCUGCUAUUCAUAG